CGCAGCCCUUUCUCCUCAGUUUGCUUCAGUCCCGCAUUGCACCGGAGCGGCAGGUGCUGGGACGUCUGAAGGAGCGCCUGGUGCCCAAGGACUCGCGUUCGUAGAACGGGCGGGGCCUCGAGGGAGCGCUCUGCGAACUGACCUGGGAAACCGACGUACCCGUUGUGUUUGUGAAACGGAGAAAGCUAGGCGGCCAUGGUCCAACCCUGAAGGCUUAUCAGGAGGGCGGACUUCAAAAUCUACUGAAAAUGAAUGGCUCCAAGGAUCUCCCCGAGUCCUAUGACUAUGACCUCAUCAUCGUGGGAGGGGGCUCGGGAGGACUGGCAGCCGCUAAGGAGGCAGCCAAAUAUAACAAGAAGGUGAUGGUCCUGGAUUUUGUCACUCCAACCCCUCUUGGAACAACAUGGGGUCUCGGAGGAACAUGUGUGAAUGUGGGUUGCAUACCUAAAAAACUGAUGCACCAAGCAGCUUUGUUAGGACAAGCUCUCCGAGACUCUCGAAACUAUGGGUGGAACGUCGAGGAGAUAGUGAAACAUGACUGGGAGAGAAUGACAGAAGCUAUCCAGAAUCACAUUGGCUCUCUGAACUGGGGCUACCGUGUGGCUCUGCGGGAGAAAAAGGUCACCUAUGAGAACGCGUACGGGCAGUUUGUUGGGCCUCAUAGGAUUAAGGCAACAAACAACAAAGGCAAAGAGAAGAUUUAUUCUGCAGAGAGAUUUCUCAUUGCCACCGGUGAAAGGCCACGUUAUUUGGGUAUCCCUGGUGACAAAGAAUACUGCAUCAGCAGUGAUGAUCUGUUCUCUUUACCCUAUUGCCCGGGUAAGACCCUGGUGGUUGGAGCAUCCUACGUUGCUUUGGAAUGUGCUGGAUUUCUUGCUGGCAUUGGUUUAGAUGUCACUGUUAUGGUACGGUCCAUUCUCCUAAGAGGAUUUGACCAGGACAUGGCCAACAAAAUCGGUGAACAUAUGGAAGAACAUGGUAUCAAGUUUAUAAGACAGUUUGUACCAAUAAAAGUUGAACAAAUUGAAGCAGGGACACCAGGCCGACUCAGGGUGGUAGCUAAGUCCACUGAUAGUGACAUAACCAUCGAAGGAGAGUAUAAUACGGUGUUGCUGGCAAUAGGAAGAGACGCUUGCACAAGGGAAAUUGGCUUAGAAAACGUGGGGGUAAAGUUAAAUGAACAGACUGGAAAAAUACCUGUCACAGAUGAAGAGCAGACCAGCGUGCCUUACAUCUAUGCCAUUGGCGAUGUGUUAGAGGGGAAGCUGGAGCUCACCCCAGUGGCAAUCCAGGCAGGAAGGUUGCUGGUGCAGAGGCUGUAUGGGGGCUCCGCUGUCAAGUGUGACUACGACAAUGUUCCAACGACCAUUUUCACUCCUUUGGAAUAUGGUGCUUGUGGUCUUUCUGAAGAGAAGGCUGUGGAGAAAUUCGGGGAAGAAAAUAUUGAGGUUUUCCAUAGUUACUUUUGGCCAUUGGAAUGGACGAUUCCAUCAAGAGAUAACAACAAAUGUUAUGCAAAAAUAGUCUGCAAUAUCAAAGACAGUGAACGUGUUGUGGGCUUCCACAUACUGGGUCCAAAUGCUGGAGAAGUUACCCAGGGCUUUGCAGCAGCUCUCAAAUGUGGGCUGACCAAAGACCAGCUGGACGGCACCAUCGGAAUCCACCCCGUCUGCGCAGAGGUAUUCACGACACUGUCGGUGACCAAGCGCUCGGGGGGGAACAUCCUCCAGACCGGUUGCUGAGGUUAAGCCCCAGUGUGGGUGCUGCUGCCAGGACUCCAAACCACUGACGUAUUUCUUGCCCAAGUCCAAGGCGAAGUUUGUGGAAGGCUCUCGGGCUUUAGCAGCCACGUGUCCUGUGCUUACAGCCCCGAGGCCCCCUUGGAUCUCAUGGGCCGGAGGUGACGCGUGGGUGGCAGGCAGCAUCGCACUGGGGUCAGCAUGACGCACUCGAAACUGACUUUCGGCAGAGCUUCGCAGAGGGGCGUCCAUGAAGUCACCAGCCUCAAGCCCGCGCGGUGGGUGGUGAUGGAACCGUCGAAGCAGUUUUUGCAUGGCCUUUCCUUUGUAGGUUUUCUUAUUCUCACUGUCAACCUUUCUCAUGUUGGUUAUUUUUUUCUUUUUUUCUCCGCCGUGUUAGUGAAAGUAGAGAUGAUAGCAGACAAUUUUUAUCCAAAAGCAAGUUGUGGCCACCGUGUGCAAAUAAGGCGGCUCGUUGCUGGGACGGCGCACUGUGGCUCCUAGGCUUGUCCCGGGGAGAGAGCGUCUCCCCAAAACAAGUGGUCACCACUGGCCAGGUGUGCUCCCAGGCACUAUACCACCGAUGAUGAAAUGGCUACCUGGCCAGCCUGUUUGGAGGAAUAUUCCACUGCAGGCAACUUGGUCGUACAGCGUGAUCUCCACUGUUCUUCAUCAUGGAGGCAGAUGCACAGCUGAAAUGGGGAAAAACAAUAAAUGUCUUUAUUUAGUCCA